AUGCUUCUUAUCAUCCUGCUAUACACGCCAGCGUUCGCAACAGAUUCGUAUGACGCACACAACACGGUUACGUGCGACGGAAUAUUUUUUCAAGACGUCUACUACGAUAGGGAAGUGCUGGUUAAAAAUCUAGGGCGGCCCUACAACCUGGUGCUGCAUAAGUACUCGGGCUACUUGUUCUUCAGCCACACGAUCCGCGACGGCGAUCAGGUGGACUUCGGCAUUAUGUCGUGUCACGUUGACAGCAAGGAGUGCAAACCCAUAACGGGCGUGCCGGGCGGCUACGCCAUCGGCUACGACAAGGAGAACGACGAGCUCUACUUCGGCGGCCACGACGGGAUCUACAAAUACAAUUUCCGGACCACAAAGGCCGAGUUCUUCGAGGAGGACGGCAAAUCCAUCUGGGCAAUAUUCAUCAGGAGGAAUUUCUACUACAUAGAGUACCCCUCCCAGAGGCUCUACGUGUACAAGCACGAUAAGUUCGUGACGGUUUACGAGGACAUAGGUAUCGAGGUGUUCAACUUUUUCAUAACGAAGAACUUAGAGAUAUACUUCUCCAACAAAACCGCCCUGUACAAAGUGGACAGGACCAGCGAGUUCCCCAUAAUGUUGGACGACGAGACUGUGGUGAGACAAAUCGUCGAGGACACAUACGGCGAUGUUUACUUCUGCAAUAACGACGGGAUACACAUGGAGGACAAGCCGUAUAAGAGACUGAAGCGCAUAGCCCUCAUCGAGCAGUGCUUCGGUAUGACUUUCGAUGAGCAGCAACGGCUGUUAUACUCAGACACGGACAAUAUCUACAGAUUGAAUCCAAGCCAGGACGCCCAAUAUUGCUACGAUAAACUCAUUUACAGUAAGCGUAAACGGAACCAAAGU